UAGUUAAAUACCUUUCAUUUUCAUCACUUAAUAAAAUAAUUUUCGAUCAGAUCGAUCUACUCAAUCAUGGCAACAAUAAGACUUCAUGGAAACCCCUUCUCAACAGCCACCAUGCGAGCUGCUGCUUCCCUACACGAGAAGCAGCUUGAAUUUGAGUUUGUUCUCAUUGACAUGAAAAAUGGUGAACACAAAAAGGAACCCUUCAUUUCCCUUAAUCCUUUCGGUCAAGUUCCAGCCUUUGAAGAUGGAGAUUUGAAGCUCUUUGAAUCAAGAGCAAUAACUCAGUACAUCGUUCACGAGUAUGCUGAUAAGGGGACUCAACUGAUAAGCAAGGAGUCCAAGAAGAUGGCAAAAUUGAGGUUGUGGUUGGAAGUAGAGAGCCAACACUACGAUCAACCAGCUUCAAAACUUGUAUGGGAGCUCAUGGUAAAGCCUAUGUAUGGUCUCCCUACGGAUCCAGCAGCUGUGGAAGAGAAUGAAGGGAAGCUAGGCACUGUUCUUGAUUUCUACGAGAAAACAUUGUCUCAGUCCAAAUACGUGGCGGGUGAGUGUUUCACCUUGGCGGAUCUGCAUCACCUCCCAACGAUUCAUUACUUGAUGAAAACACAGAGCAAGAAGUUGUUUGAAUCACGACCCCAUGUUGGUGCAUGGGUGGCUGAUAUUACAGCAAGAACAGCUUGGUCUAAGGUCCUUGCCAUGCAGCCUUUGCUAAGUAGUAAAUAGAUCGAGAGCAACCCAUUUCAGGAUUUUCAUGCAUGCCGUGUUCUCUGAAGAAAAGUUCAAGGAUGCAUGCGUGUCCACCAUAACAUAAGUAGUUAAGUACGCUCACAAAGUUUUGUUUUGCCCCGUUCCCCAUAAAUAAGUACAAAAUAAAUAAUUCUUAUAAGAGAUCAGGUUACUGCAUGUGUUAAGUUAGAAAGGCAAAAAUAUCAUGUAAACUUUGAAGAAACCAUGCAGUGAAGCUGUCGGUGUAAUAUUCUA